UUUUCUUGACUGUUUUCGUGAAAAUCCGUGAUUUAGUGACAAAAAGCGUCCACUUUUCGGGCCCAUUCCGGAAGGAUGUCCGAUCAGCCGCUGGAUUUCCUGAAAGACUUCGAGGAUGUUCAGGAAAGGAAGGAAGAGGUGGCGGCACCAGCAGCAGUAGAUCAAUCAGCGCAACCGAGUUCCGACGGAAGCGAAUCGAAUCCGACGGGAAGGAAAAUAUUAAGGAGGAAGAAACGUGUUGAGGUCACCAAGAGAGAGCAGCAGAGGAUACAGAACCGGGAGCGACGAAUUCAGGCACGGCAUGUCAUUCUCGUGGAAUGUAAUUGUCAUUUGUCCUGUGCGAAGAGGAUCAGCACCGAGCACCGCCAGUCGCUAAACGAAACGUAUUGGCAGAUGAAUCAUGCCGAGCAGAAGAAGUUUGUCAAGAGUCACACGGUUCCGGGACCAGUUAAAAGACGGAGGGUUCCGGUGGACCCGUUGGGAGGGUCGGACGUGAAGAAAGCCUUUUCCUAUUCGUUCUACUUGCCGGACGACCAGGGGCAGUUGCACAUGGUUUGCUGUACGUUUUUUCUGAAUACGCUGGGAUUCAGGAAAGGAUGUGGGAAUCAUAUAUAUCGCGCUCACAUGAGAGAAUCGGUGGCUGAUAAGCGUGGCAAGUAUGAACGAGAUCGUUCGCUUAGGGAUGCCGUGUGGGAUGACAUUCUAUCGUAUUCGCCCCGAACGUACCACAAGGGAUCGAAAUUCAAUGCCACUGCCCUGUACUUACCGAAUCAAUUGACGGCUAAAUCGAUACAUGCCGAGUUCAAAGCUAGGCGGGAAGCAAUUGGCGAAAAAGGAGGCAGUGCUAGCUUCUACUGUGCUGUGCUCCGUGAAAUGGAUGUUCAUUUUGUUGAAAUGGAUGAUUUUGUGAUCCCGGAAAGGAAGCCUAUUUCGGUUGUUCAACCCAAACCAUCAAGCUCUCCCCCACCAGAACCCAUUCAGCCCGUACCGCAACCGGUUGAGGUGAUUUUGAUGGAGGAUUCCAAGAUUGACAUGAAAGUGGAUGAUCCUCAACCGGUUUGCUCCUAUGAGCAAUCUUCUGCCAUAGUGCAUGCUUUUCAAUCUCCCCCUCCAGUGCCGAUUCAGAACGAUCAGCCGGUAUUGAUGUCCUCGUACUCAAUCGAACAGAAACCAAUUGUGCCACAUCAUGCAGACAAAUCGUAUUAUCACCCUUCUUCGGCCUUCCAUUCGGUCACAGUGAAACAAGAACCUUACUAUGGCAUCAACGUUGAAUCAAUGAGUGUUGUGUCAGAAUCGCACUAUUCAGAAGACCGUGACGAUUAUUCAGAUUCCUACUCGAAUAUAGUCGUUGAACCGGAUUAUUCCGAGUCGAACUCCUAUCAUGAGCCUGCAUAUAAUGCUCCGAUACGUGUCGUCAACCAGAUUAAUCCUUCAACAGAGAUCUUCCCGCGCAUUGUUAAGUCUGAGAAGGAAGUUCCACCAACCAAUCCUUAUGGAUAUCACCCGGAAGCCCCAAAACGGAAACCACUUCCACCUAAAAAGAAACCUGUCAAGGUACAAGAUGUUCCCAAACCGGGUAAUGAGGUACAAGAUCUUCCGGAGGGCUAUCCACCGAUGAAGCGUACGAAAAAGUUCAUUGCCAGAGUUCGCAAUCGUGCCAAGCGGAAACAGUCCCACCCAGUGCUGCAGCUCGAGUGCAACUGCCAUCUGAAUUGCAAGGAAAAGGUUUCGCUCCAACAACAGCAACGCAUUAACGAACGGUACUGGAGUAUGACCUUCCCUGAACAGCGAAUGUUCAUGCUAGAACACACCGAACGGCAUUCGAUCAAACGGCGACGAACGAAGCUUGAGCCCGGAGCCGUUGUCCGGAAGGGUUACACCUAUUCGUAUCGCUUGACGGACGACCGGGGAAACUACCAGCCGGUGUGCUGUCAAUUCUACCUGAAUACGAUUGGAUACGGGGCCGGCAGUGGAAAUCUAAUCUACCGAGCCCAUCAGGUUGAAUUGAGCAAGGCUAUUAGUGAUAACCGUGGCAAAUUUGCCCGGGAUACAACCCUGCGUGACACGAUGGACGACGACAUUAUGACUUACUUCAGUGUCGAACUGCUGGAAAGUGGCGGACCGUUUGAUCUAUCUGCCACCGAGCUUUCACCGAAGAAGAUGUACAAUCAGUACGUCCGACGGCAGGCGGUUCUGGGUAACGACAAACCGGGCAGCUUCGGUUUCUAUUGGAGGCGCACGAAGGAGCUGAAAGUGAUAUUUGCACCGAAACCUGAGCCCAAAGCUACGGGGAAGAAGAAGCCACGUCCUUCGGCAGCUAAAGCCCAGAAGCAACUGGAGACCCUGGAGACUGCAGCAAUCGAGUUCUCCAUGCCCCAAUAGAUGAUGAAAUUUAGUCACACCGCCCACGGUGCAUCCUUGCUAAUAGUCUGCAAUACAUAAAAUUACGUAUUCUAGUAUUUAUUUUACCCUAGAUUUAGAUAAUUUGUGUUUCGCUAUCGUGUUU